AUGGAGAUCAGGGCCCCGCCGACGAGCCUCAGGCUCGCGACGCCGCCCGCCACCGCAAGCUUCCGCCCGGCCGCCCUCCGGACCUCCUUCCUCAACGGCAGCGUUUCUCUUCGAGCUGUGCAAGUACGCCAAUCAAAUGUCAACAGAUUUAAGUGCAACGCCAUACGGAGUAACCUCUUUGAUAGACUAACUAGGGUUGUCAGGUCCUAUGCAAAUGCAAUUCUGAGUUCAUUUGAAGACCCUGAGAAGAUCCUAGAUCAAGCGGUCUUGGAGAUGAAUGAUGAUUUAAUAAAGAUGCGGCAAGCCACUGCACAGGUCUUGGCAUCUCAAAAGCGGCUCGAGAACAAGUACAAAGCUGCCGAACAAGCUGAUGCUGAUUGGUACCGGAGGGCUCAACUUGCUCUUCAAAAGGGCGAAGAGGAACUUGCUCGUGAAGCCCUUAAACGGCGUAAAUCAUAUGCUGAAAACGCAAGCUCCUUAAAGGCCCAGCUUGAUCAGCAGAAGAGUGUCGUUGACAAUCUUGUUUCAAAUACCAGGCUUCUUGAGAGCAAGAUAGCAGAGGCCAAGCAGAAAAAGGAUACCCUAAAAGCCCGUGCUCAAUCAGCGAAGACCGCAACAAAAGUGAGUGAAAUGCUGGGGAAUGUAAAUACAAGUAGUGCCCUAUCAGCAUUUGAGAAGAUGGAGGAGAAAGUUAUGACUAUGGAAUCCCAAGCUGAGGCACUUGGUCAAUUAGGAGCUGAUGAUCUAGAAGGAAAGUUUGUGAUGCUCGAGACUACAUCGGUGGAUGAUGAUCUUGCACAAAUGCGAAAAGAACUGUCCGGGAGCUCUUUGAAAGGCGAACUUCCUCCGGGUAGAACCACGGGCAGCAAAUCAGGCAGCCCUUUCAAAGACAUUGAGAUUGAGAAGGAGCUAAGUGAGCUGCGGAAGAAGGCCAAAGAGUACUAG